AUGGAGAGGCAAAUCAUAAACAAGAAGAAACGAGUGUUUUCCCUCGAACCAAACAAUAACCCUAGAGCAGUUUUUACGAGGAAAUACACAAGCCACUUGGUUCCUGCACUCAAGAAGCUGAACAUGAACAAGGCCUCUUCACAAAUAAACCCACAAACCGUGAAGCAUGAAGUAGACAUGGCUUUGGCUUUGUCUGCUCAAGAAUUUGCAUGGAGUCGUUUCUUGCUACAGAAGCUAUCUUCAUCCUCAAGAGAUCCAACCACUACUACUAGUUUUUCUUCCGAUCAAAUUCGGAUUCUUGAAAGAUCUGAUGAAGAAGGCGGAGACGAAGGAGAUAAUAUAGAGGAAAAACUGAGGGAAUUACAGAAGCUUUUGCCAGGUGGAGAAAAGAUGAAUGUGGAGGAAAUGUUAAGUGAGAUUGGCAAUUACAUUAAAUGUCUUGAAUUGCAAACGAUUGCUCUCAAGUCAAUUGUUCAGGAAACUACUUGA